GGAAGACCGUCUUCGAUUUUAUCUCGGAAGGGUUGCUCAAGUUUGAGACUGGCGAGCCCGCAAGUGAUGCAACAAAAGAGAUUAGAGUCCUUCAAGAGCAUGAAUUUAGUGGAACAAGCAAGAGUGUCUGUGGCCGUAAGAUGGAUCUCCACCUGCAUCUGGAUGCGCUUGUAUUAAAUAACAGCGAAUUCAAGGCUGUUGGGGUAGAUAUUGAAGAGAACAAAAGGCAGUCUCGAAAAAACAUUCGCAUUAACAAAGCCAUUUUAGUUUAUUUGCAGCGACAUGUGAAGUUUGAACUUGACAAUGGUGAUUACAUGGUUUUCCUUGACGUCUCUGGCUACACUGGCACUAUUGUCUAUCUCCGCUGGCACGAAGGCGUCCAUGUCUCUGGUCUGUUGUCUCAAAUUUGCAUUAGGUUACCACUUAAUGAGAAAGACUUGAAGGCGUUCCUGGGUGGGCAGUCUCUCGGGUGGUUGCUCACAUAUGUGCAACAUCUCCGCAGCAUGCAGCAGAAGGUCGAGGAUGCGCGGACACAGGCAGUGGACGAAAGCUUUUUGCGGCAGGAACGGACCAUACUACCAUUAGAGCAGCGUGACCUUGAUUCUAUUGUCAUGAAUACUCCAAAAAAGAAAGACCUAUUUCAUACAUAUGAUGGGUCUCGACGGCCGUAUUGUUAAGCUCUAUUCGAUCCUUCAUCAAAAAUAGAAGUAGCUAUAAUAAUCGUGAUUAUUAUACCGAGGCAUUUUCGUUGAAAGUGGCCCUUAAAUGGAUACUUAGAGAACUAAAGAGCAAAAUCCGGUU